AUGACCGAGGAGCCCACAGCGAUGCCGGUGGCGAUGCUGGCCCACCUGCCCCUGCUCGCUCGGAUUGCGCUUCUCGAGGACCUCAUCGUCGACGAGGUCCGGCGGGGCGGCAUCCUGCCCCGCCUCUGCGCCCUGGAGGCGGAGGUGGCGCUGUGGGGCGAGGCGGUGGCGAAGGCCCAGGGCGUGAAGCCGCGCAUGGAGGCCAUCGAGGGAAUCUUGCGCGACCGGGGGCAGCUCCCCUGCGGGGGUCAGCAGGCGCGCGAGGCAGCAGCCCUGCACGCCGGGCGGGCGGCGGCCGCGGCGCCCGAGGUGCCUAGGCUGGCCGUGCCCGUGCCGCGGGCGCCAGGGCGCGCGCCAGACCGCGCCGAGCGCUCAGCCAUCGAGACUUGGGGGGAACUUGCACGCGACCUGCUAGCAAGCCGCGAGGUGGACGAGGGGUCCGACGCCACGGACCCCGAGAUGCCGGAGCUGGAGCCGCUGCCCGUGGUGCGUUUCCCGGACACGCCGCCGGGCACGCCAAGGGGCGGCGUGGAGUGGGAGGGGCUCUCCAUGGACGCCGGAUCCCUGCGGGUGCCGCCCCCUCUGGAGGAGCUCUCCGAGGAGGAGGUCGCCGCGGAGCAGGCGCUGUGCGAGGCGGAGGCCAUGUUGAACGAGAUGGACCUUUCCGAUGGCUGCGGGGAGGGCGACGACGGGCCGCUGUUAGAGCGGGCCGUGGAGCACAUCCGCGCGGCCGUGCGCGAGGGCUCACGGGCGACCGUGGAGGGAGCCGUGGGGCUGCUGCUUGUGCUCUUCAGGGGCACCACGGCGGCGUGCCUGAGGCCGAUCGUGCACGCACUGGCAGCCUGCGAGGAAUUUCCCGCCGACCUCGCUGGCAAGGCCGCCAAAUUGGUGAUGCUGAGGCCAGAGUGGCCCAACCGCGACGAGCGGGUGCGUGAGCUCUGCGCCAAUAUCGCGAAGGCCAGCUCUCUCGAGGUCGUGACAGCGUGCCUGGACCUGGUACCGCGCAAGCAUUCCUCGGAGAUGCUGGGCUUCAGCUGGCUGCUGGAGCCGCUGUCCGACGAGCUGAUCGUCGAGUUCCAGGUGGGCGAUCGUGUCAUCGCCCUCGAGGACAUGACCACCGAUUCCAGGCAGGGCGUCGAGCUCAAGAAGGGCCACGAGGGCGAGAUACGAGAGAUCGAUGAGGACGGGGACCUCUCGAUCCGCUUCAGGGACGUUGAGAAGCGGCAGUGGGUGUUUGCCAGGCACGUGGACAGGCUGGGGCUCAAGAGCGGCCGGCACGAGGGCCUGUGCUGUGCAGUGACGCUCCUCUGCGACGACGCGGGAGGGCCGCCGCUGUGUGCGGCCUCUGCCAGGCAGCUGCUCAUGAGCUACGCUGGCCGGGUGGGCAUGCCCGCGCUGCAGAGGGUGUCCCAGGACGAGCUCCUGGCACAGAAGGCGCGCAGGGCGAAGGUGCGGGAGACCCUCAGGAAGCUCAAAAGCUACCAGAGCGUUUCGGCCUCUGAGUAG